AUCAGAAAGAGAGAGGCUGAGCGUCAUAGCGAGUUAGCGACCGGAAGUUUACAAACAUUAACCGAGCAAGCUAAGAGCUAGCUGACGUUUUUGUUUUUAUUUUGCGCAGCUGUUAAAAAGUUUCAGUUUAAUCCAACGACAAGAGGAAAGAUGGUUUGUGAGAAGUGCGAGAAGAAGCUCGGUAAAGUCAUCACACCUGACACCUGGAAGGAUGGAGCACGGAAUACAACAGAGGGUGGUGGACGUAAGCUAAAUGAAAACAAGAUCCUGACUUCCAAGAAAGCCAGGUUUGACCCCUACAGCAAGACGGGCUUUGCUACCUGCAGGAUCUGCAAGAGCUCGGUUCAUCAGUCUGGAUCACACUACUGUCAGGGCUGCGCGUACAAGAAAGGAAUCUGUGCGAUGUGCGGAAAGAAAGUUUUGGACACCAAGAACUACAAGCAGACGUCUGUGUGACAGCGAGCUGAUCAGAAAACAGUUCUACGAGUGUGAGAAUGAGACAGAUGGUGCAUGUUUGUCAUCUUGUCACAACGUCCUGUUGUCGACAGCUUUACUCUAUAUUGUAAUCCUUCCCACCUGUGUGAAAGAGGGGGACUUGGAGGUGGCUUUGCCCUCUUAUUAUAUAAUAUCCUAUAAUGCUGCUGGAACUAUUACAGUGGCCGUAAACAGGGAAGCACCGUUGUCUCUAAACCACACCACCAACUCACAGCUUCUAGAUUUUUUUUUUGUAUAUUUUAAAUUCAAUAGUUUUGACUUGAUUCUUUGCUUUUGAAAAGUUUAUUUCUGUAUGUAAUAUAUCAAGUGUUGCAUUUUUGAGUGAAUUAAAGCAUUCUAUACGAGGACA